AAGAAACAGGUGAUGAUCCUUUUCCUUUCCUUGGGUUCCAUCAAAACCAACGCAACAUUGUUCCAAUUUGGAAUCUUCAUAUCCAUUUGCAUGCUAAUGGAUGUUUCUUUUACAUUACCAACUUUUACUUUUACAAAACAUCGUUUCUCUUCUUCCCGAUCCCAUUCCUCCUCAUCAUUUUCUUCUUAUUCUCCCUUCAAGCUUCUCUGUUCCAAGGAAUCUCAACGAAACGGCGAUAACAAUAACAAGGGUGAUAAAUCUUCAACAGACUGGGACAAGGCAUGGUCAAAAUUCAAAAAGCAAGGGGGGAAAAAACCCUUUUCCCAAUUUUCAGAUAAGUAUGUGAGCUGGAACCCUAGGCGUUCAGAGUUCCCACUUUCUGAGGAGGUUGAUCCUAUCAAGAGAACAGAGAGAUCAAACCUCAAGUUCUGGAAUAGUCCCACUUUCACUCUAGGGGGUGCAGUUAUAAUUGUCACAUUUCUUUUGUUGUACACCAUUCUUGCACCAAUCAAGUGACCUCUUUUAUUGUUUCCACAGAAAAUGUAAAUCCUUUACUAAUGUUGUUGAUGGCUUCUCCCUUUUCUUCUCUAGUUAUGUUGCUUCACCCAGUUGAGGUAAAUUUCUUCCUCGGAUGUGUCAUUAGCUUUCCAUAUCCAAACAUAUUUACAUCUGACUUUCAUACA